AUGGUGAUUUCCUAUAAUAAUAACAAUAACAAUAACAAUAGCAAUAACAAUAACAAUAAUAAUAAUAGUAAUAAUAAUAAUAAUAAUAAUAAUAAUAAUAAUAAUAAUAGUAAUAAUAAUAAUAUGUUUCCUCCCUUCUCUUCUUCUGAUGACUUUGCAAUGUAUCAACAGUCCGAUUCUUCUGGUCAUUAUCAAGAAACUUACACGAAUGGCCCUCAAAAUUUUGGUGAUACUGUCUACCCUAUAAAUGGUAACUUCCCUCUUCUUCCAUCCGAUUUUACACGCGAACCCAAUGAUUCAUUCUUUUAUGAAAAUAGUGGAAUUUUUGACUAUCAGCGAAUUCAACAACAGCCAACGCAAUUCCAGAUUAAGCAGCAAAAUGAUCCGCAACAACAACUUUCACAGGAACAACAUUUUGGAAUUGACAACGAAAUCGUUCAGAAUAGUAAUCAUUAUUAUGAAUACGAAAGAUCUUCAAAUGAAGUCUCUCCAUUUGAUGAUGAAAAUUCAAACUUGUUGUCUGAUGGCAUAUCUCCCACUAUUAUGGCAACUGCAACAGCUGUGACCAAUGCAAAUGCUCCUUUAUCCGUAAACACACAGGCCAACAAUCCCUUGAAUUUCACAUCAGCCCCAAGUAGAACUGUCUAUUUAGGAAAUGUGCCACCAAAUCUAAGUGUUAAAGAAUUAUUGGAUCAUGUUAGAAGCGGUGUAGUAGAAGAUGUAAAAAUAAUAUCUGAGAAAAUGUGUGCAUUCAUAUCUUUUGUCGAUGAAAGCGCUGCAUUAUUGUUUCAUUCAGAUGCAAUUUUAAAACGCUUAAACAUCGGAGAUAGAGACAUCAAGAUUGGUUGGGGGAAACCAACUCGAAUUGAUCCUAUUGUCGCUGCUAGAAUCUCUACGGAUGGUGCCACUAGAAAUGUGUAUAUUGGCCGCAUGACAAUUGACGGUGAAGAAUCACAUCUGUCUGAAGAGCAAUUAAGGAUCGAUUUGAAAGAGUACGGCGAAAUUGAUUGUAUAAAAGUUAUCAAAGAGAAAGGAAUUGCUUUUAUUCAUUUUGCAUCCAUUUUAAAUGCUAUAAAAGUGGUUACGAAUCUGCCAAUAAGAAAUCCAUACUAUCAAAAUAAGAGAAUUUUUUAUGGAAAGGAUAGAUGCGCUUUUAUUACCAAGACCCAACAACAUAAUGCGGCUCAAUUUCUAGGAGUCCAACCUGGUAUGGAACAUAUGAUAGAGUUUUCCGAUCGUGAAUUCAUAUCUAACGCUCUAUUACAGCAAUCUGCAGCCGCUGCAGCAAUUGCGACAUCCGCAGGUGGUCCCAAUAAUCUGGGUAAUAGGACUGUUUACUUGGGCAGUUUGCCUAAGGAUGUUAAGAUUGAAGAAAUCUGUAAUGCCGUUCGUGGAGGUCUAUUACAAAGUAUAAAGCUAUUGAACGAUCGUUACGUUUGCUUUGUCACAUUUAUUGAUCCCACCGCUGCUGCACAGUUCUAUGCAAUGAGUUCUUUGUAUGGAUUUACAGUCCAAAAAAAACGUUGUAAAGUUGGUUGGGGAAAACAUUCUGGUCCACUGCCCAAUGCACUUGCCUUGGCAGUUAGUAAUGGUGCGUCGAGAAACGUUUAUGUGGGAAAUAUCGAUUUUGUUAGUGAUUCCCUAAGAGAUGAACGUAUCUUCACUGAAAGUAAUUUAAGACAUGUUUUCCAACAAUAUGGAGAAGUGGAACAAAUCAAUUUCUUACCCGAAAAGAACUGUUGUUUCGUUAACUAUACAAACAUUAGUAACGCUAUUUUGGCCUUAGACAAAAUUAAAUCGAACCCCUAUUUCAAAGAUCUUAAAAUAAACUUUGGCAAAGAUAGAUGCGGUAACGUUCCCCACCAAUCACGCUAA